GAUUCUGUCAUUCCCUUGAACGAAAAAGAUGGACAAGAUGUUUAUUUUGCCAGUCCAUCAUCUGAAUCAUGUCUGGUAUGUAAGAAAUUGUCAGAAAUCAAUGAUAUUAUCUGGGACCAGAGCAAAGAAAUUGCAGAUUCAAAACACGCUAUAACAGAAGACAGCCAGUCAGAUAAUCUGUUCAAAAAAAUAAAUGAAGAUGACGAGGAAUUUCUUGAAAAUGUUGGACUUCUAUUUUUGUAUGUAACAGACGAACAAUGUAAAAAAGUUAAUAGUCUACG